UAGAUUACAGUUAUAAAUUUUUUUUGCAAUGGUUUCAUUUGUAUGCAAUUCUUGUGGGAAUACUGUGAAAAAAAAUCAGGUUGAAAAGCAUUAUCAAACUCAAUGUCGUAAUUGCUCUGUUCUUUCUUGUAUUGAUUGUGGUGUUGAUUUCCAUGGUGACAGCUAUGCAACCCAUAAUAGUUGUAUAUCUGAAGCAGAAAAGUAUCAAGGUCAUUUGUAUCAAGCUAGCAACAAAGAAAAUAAAGGAGAAAAUAAACAAAAAGAAUGGAUUAAGCAAGUUCAAAUUGCUACCGAAUCAGUUGUUAACCCAAAAUUAAAGUCUCUUUUACAAAGAGUGUCAGAGUACUCCAAUGUUCCACGAAAAGAAAAAAAGUUUCAGAACUUCUGCAAGAAUAGUUUACGAAUAUAUGAUGAGUUAACAUUAUCACAGUUGUGGGACGCUUUUAGUGGAGCUACUGUGAAAGAGUCGAAAACACUUCAAGAAAAUCAUCAUGUCCAGGCUGAUCCAGAUAAAAAUUUAGCUUCUGUUCUGAAAGAUAAAAAAAAAGAGAUAUCAGUGGAUAAAAAAACAGAGACAAUAUCAGAGGAGAAAAACAGAGACAAAGUCAGAAAGAGAAAAAGAGCUCAUGAAAAUGAUGUUGAAAUAAAUGAAAAUGGCGGAGAACAAAAAGGAAAGAAGAAAAAAGUCUAUAAUAUUGAUGAAAAUACUGACAAAAAUUCUAAAUCAAAUGCCAAAAAAAAUAAGAAAGAAAAGAAACAGAAAAAAGUUUCAAAAGAAAUUAUCGACGAAACUGCAAAGAUUAUUCCACAGCAGACAGAAACUUUGUCUGAUGAAAAUACUGAAAAAUUGGAAAAAAAGACAGGAAAAUUUCAUUGGCACAAAGCUAUAAAACAAGUUUUAAAAGAAUCUAAUAAUAAUGAAUUGUCUAUCAAGAAACUUCGAAAAAAGGUAUUGUGUGCGUAUCUAGAACAUGGUUGUGAUCACAAAGCCACUACUAUAGAAGAAUGUCGAUCGAUGUUUGAUAAAAAAUUAAAAACAUAUCCAAAAGUAAAGAUAGCUAAAGAAAAUGUUAAAUUGAUAAAAUAGAAAAGUUUUUAGAAUUAAA